AUGGACGGUCUCGGCCACGGCCAGGCCCAACAUCACAAUAGCAAUACCACCAGCAGCAAUGGCACUGCUCUAACGACCUCCUCCGACACAAACUCAAACUCCUGGCUCGACCCGCUGCUCGAGAACCGCGAGCAGCUAACCGACGCGCUUGCGGACGCCCCGUACGAUCUUAUUCUCUAUUUGCAACGGGCCGCCGUCUACUCCGAGCUGGGCUAUCCGGACCUCGCUGCCGGCGAUGCCUACCGCGCUCUCCUACUCACCGACGAGGUAAGAGAUGAGAGCUUCGAGUAUCAUCAGCAAGCCGUAGAGAGCCUCCAGCACUACACGGUGGACCCUCCCCCGGCCAUCCUGCGUUCUGGCCCUCUUCGCCAUGGCUCUCCUGAGUCAAACAUUGUUGAUGGUGCCGCUGGCCUGGCUGAGCCCCAUCUGCAACUGGCUGCUAUAGCGUCCGUCCGGUGCUACCAGAUCUUGUCUCUCAGCCUGCUGCUUUGCGGCUGCCUGAAGAGCGCGUAUGGCUUCUGCGAACGUGGGUUAGCCGCUUCGUCAAGCAAUCAAGACCUUCUAGAGACGAGAGGCUAUAUCCAGACCGUUGCCCGCCGAAGACUACGAAUCCGUGACGAGGAUGACGUCGAUAUCAACGAGCUACCGGACCAGGGUGUCGUCCGCCGGGAGGUGUACCCAUGGAACGACCACGAGCCGGACCGCUUCUCCGAGGCUUCGCUAUCAUUUCUUAACAACGAGCUAGCGAAUAUCGCCCCAAAAUGUAUCGUUCAGGUAUCCCAACUCCCUGUACUGCUCGACGGCGCAGACCAUGAGACGGACGGCUACGAGAUCAUCCCCACCUGUGAUCAGCUAGGUGUCUUCGCCAAAGAGGAUAUCGGACCCGGCGAGACGGUUCUGCAGGAGUACUCGCUGUUGACCGCCAACAACCGGCUCAAGGAUACCAUCUGCGAUGCUUGUGGUACCAAUCUACCGCCGCUAGGGGAGGACUCAGUGGCAGUCAGCUGCCCGGAGGGCUGUGACACCGUUUUCUGCGAUGAAUUUUGCUUCGGCAAGGCGCAGGAGCUCUAUCACCCGGCAGUAUGUGAAAAGGAUGUUGACUCAAUCGCCAAAGAUCCAGAUGCCCGCGAUUCGGACCAGUCGCUGUACCUGCUGUUGCUGGCGCGACUGCUGGCUAUGUCGUUGCAUCAAGAGCGUCACCCACUCGAGGUUAAGGAGAUCAAAUAUAUAUGGGGCGACUUCGUCCCGACACGGGUCAAUACUAUUGACCUAAGCCUCAAUGCAGGGCCUCCACCCGAGUGGACACUGCCCUUCUCGUUCCAUUACAACAUCGAAGCGCCGCUGCAUAUCCUCGAGAAGAUGGAUAUCGACAUCUACGCCACCUUGGCGGAGCACGAUCUCUGGGUUCUCAAUACGUGCUAUGCCAAGUUCCGUGGUACAGCGUCCGCCCGCAAGAGCACUCGGGACGGACGUCCGGAUGUUGCCGCCGUGCAUCCAUUUUGGUGUCUCGCCAACCACGACUGUAAUCCCAAUGUGACAUGGGAAUGGGGUGGCCGGAUGAAGCUGUGGGCAAGGGAGACGAGAGUUGUAGGCAAUGCGCCCGGUGGUAUUAGGGCCGGAGAGGAGAUCCUCAACCACUACUGUGACGUGGAUCUGCCUGUCCAACAGAGGAGGGAAUGGGCCAAAGGCAGUCUUGGCGGCUGGUGCAUGUGCAAACGAUGUAGAGACGAGUCAGCGCAGGCCUCAAAUGGGGAUGGGAUGGCAUCCUAG